AUGUACCGAUCGGUCUGUGUACAGCCGGGAAAUGAUGGCACACCGGGCAACACGAUCGGCGACGAGGACUGUCUCUAUUUGAACGUUUUUUGCCAAAAUGCGCAAAACUAUACUACGCUCUCGGCUGUGAUCGUGUUUAUUGAUGGAAAUCCACAGCUUUCGGCUGGAGGGUUGGGCCAACAGGAGGAAAAGGGUAUUGUCAGCAAUCUUGUCCAAAAAGGUGUCAUCGUGGUGACCAUCCAAUAUCGAUUGGGCCCACUCGGGUUUUAUGCGGCGCCUAGUGAUCUGCAAAUUACGUCAAAUGUCGGGAUGUUGGAUCAGGUAAAAGGUCUUCAAUGGGUCAACCGAAAUAUUGCUUCAUUUGGUGGUGAUCCCCAAAGGGUGAGUCUAGCCGGACAAGCCGGUGGAGCUUGUGCAGUUGCUGCUCACACCUACAGCCCAGCUUCGCAGGGCCUAUUCCAACAAGCUAUCCUCCAAAGUGGUUCCCUCGACAGUUGCUACAGCGCCGAUCGAAAUUAUAAUGGCGUUGACCCAACCGCAAUUGCUGCAAACAAUCAAUUACAAUACGAUCAGGGUCUAUCUUAUACACCAUUGAAUGGAAAUGGACCUCCGGCAGCCACGACACAACAACCAAUGAAUCAACAACAGCAGAAUCAAAAUCAAGCUCCGAUCACAAACCCUAGUGAACUUUUGGCUAAUCAGCUAUGCAACAUCUCCCCGGAACAAUGGCGAAGCGGACAAUUAAAUGGCCUCAAAGAAUGCCUACAAAACUAUACUGUAGAUGCUUUCACAAAAACUGAUGGGAUCCACACAGCUACCUGGAUGAUUGUUCGCGACAAUCUGUUUUUGAACGGUUCUCUAGGAGAUCUGGCAGCUAGGAGACCACCGAUUCCGCUGAUUAUUGGCACCGUACAAGAUGAAGAUGCGGAUUAUGCUUUUAAAUUGGUGAAUGCAGCAGCAAAAAAUAAUGGCACUGAAGCUGAUGCUUUUAAUAAUUGGUUCGUUGAUUUUGCAAAGAAGAAUAGGCUAAACGGGACGGCGAUGGAGAAUGCCAAAAAUAUUAUUGCUACCAACUAUAAUGUGACGCUACCAAGGGAUCCAACACAGACUACUACUCCGGCUAUGAUUUACGGACCGCCACAGGGGUCGGGAAAUAAUCAGCAAAAUAUGAACUAUCCUGCAAAUACCGCCACAUCGCAGCCAUUGAUGGAUGAUAACGGCAAAAUCAAUGCCAGUGCAAUGUUCCACACCCUUGCGGUAGUCACAAACGUCUCUUCUGAUGCGGGUACUGUAUCACAGGUGGUCACUGAGGUUGAUUCUUGGGUUCAGAAUGGUAAUCGCUACGUCCAUGUGUACCGCUUUGAGCACAGAUCGAAGUUAGGCUCGACAGCCGCUACUCAAAUGCUGAAGGGAUAUGAACCGAUCCAAAAGGGACAAGAUAAGCUGUUCUUAUUUAUGAAGGAGGAUGUAUGGACCAAGCAGAAGCCUACCACUGAUGAUCGAGCAAUGGCCGAUACGAUGGGGCAAAGAUGGACUGAUUUUGCUAAACAAGGAUCGGUCGAUGGCUGGAAUACCGUACAGCCGUUUCAACCCGUUCAGGGACAACAACAGACACCUUAUUGCUCCCUCACGAAUCAACCCCAAAUGCAGACGGGUUACGGUAAUCAGGCUCGACAGGUGUUCAACGACCAGGUGUACCCAUUAGCGCAGAAUCGACAAUAUGAUGCCUCAUCAAAUAGUCUUGGAAACCAGAUUAAUCGGCAGCUACAGGGAAAUCAACCGUUACAACCGCAAGUUCAUGUAUGGUAUUGGGAGAUUACUGUAUCAGUACCUCUAGGAUUAUGC